UAUCCAGUAGUGAUUGUAUACAUUCAACUUGACAGCAUGGUUAGAUUGAAUUAACUGGAUACGUUUUAUGACGGACGGAAGGAAGGAAGGAGGGAAGGAAAAACGAAUUAAUUAACAAGAUGAAGGAUAUUAACAAUUACAUCAUAUUAGCUUUACUUUUUAUUUUACAAAUCUAUCAGUUUACUGAAGGUAAAGUUCUUUGCUUUCGUAAAUUAAAGAAGAACCACAAAUGUGCUGGGAUAAUCAGAAAGGUAUCAUUUGAAGAUGGUGAAGAUUGCUGCUCAAAACGAGGUUUAGGAUUCGCUAUUCAAAAGCAUAAAAUUGGUAAAAAUCGUUUUAGAUGUACACCUUGUUCAGAUUUAAAUAAGAAUCCAUUUGGUAACAAACCACCUAAAAUGGCGCGAAAGAAAGAUAUACUAUCUCAAUUACCUACAACAACAGAUAGACCAAAAGUACAAUGGGGAACAUGGAGUCCUUGUAGCGCGUCAUGUGGUGCUGGUUGGAGAUCUAGAUAUAAAGUGUGUGAUAAUUGUGAUAGAAAUGAUUAUGAGAAUGUUCAGUCUCGGCCAUGUAUGGUUAACUUCUAUUGUCCAGUUGAUGGUAACUGGGGUCCUUGGUUUCCAUGGCAUCCAUGUUCAGCAUCAUGUGGUGGCGGAACAAGAUUACGUCAGCGGAAAUGUAACUACCCACCACCCGCAUAUAAUGGUAAAAACUGUGAAGGACUGGCAGAAGAAAAUAAUGAAUGUAACAGAAAAGUCUGUCCAGUUAAUGGUAAAUGGGGUGACUGGUCUGAAUUCUCACCGUGUAGUGAGACAUGUGGUCAGGGUAUGAUGAGAAAGACGAGAAGAUGUGAUAACCCAGCACCUGCUGGAGGUGGUCGACAAUGCUCUGGUCAGAGUGUAGUCAAUAAAAAAUGUGAAAUAGCUAAAUGUCCACAGAAUGGAGGUUGGUCGUUGUGGUCAACCUGGGGACCGUGUAAAGUUACAUGUGGCAGUGGAUAUCGGUCGAGGACAAGAACAUGUGACAGUCCUCCAGCCUUAUAUGGUGGUGCUGAAUGCGAAGGCGAAUCUGAAGAACUUAAAGAGUGCAGAGUUGAGCGGGCUUGUCCAGUUGAUGGCGAAUGGUCACCGUGGACAAACUAUGGAUAUUGUCGAGCAGCAAAAUGUGAGAAGGGUUACCAACUACGUUCUAGAAGCUGUGAUAACCCCAGACCACAACACGGUGGAAUACCGUGUGAUGGAACCGCCUUCGACAGAAUCGAAUGCUUUAAUGGGCAACACUGUCCAGUGAAUGGAAGUUGGUGUAAAUGGAAUGAUUGGUCCGUUUGUUCAGGACCAUGUGAUUCUGACGAUGCCCUCCAGGCUAGAGAGAGAGAAUGUGAAUGUCCAAAACCACAGCACGGUGGAUUGGACUGCGAAGGAAAACAUUUAGAAGUGAGAAAAUGUCUAGAAUGCGAAACAAAAACAGAAAGCCCUGUUCUGACAGCUGUUAUACAGCUACAGGCUAGUAAACCUUGUAGCGAGAGGCUGGAAGGUGAUGAUGGAGAAGGAAUCUCGGGUUUUGGUGAUUCAGAAUGCGAAGAAUCAGAAGAGAUUGAUGAGGCGACAACUCUUACAAGAACAAAUUCGCCGUGAAACGUCACCAUUCCCUGUGUUGUCGUCACUAUCAGCACCGUUCAUGUUUUACAUCACUUGUAUAUAAUAUUUACGUCACCAAGUAUUUCUAGAUGUAGAAGUCCUAUCAGUGUUUUACAAACGUGUGCUUUCCAUAUUUUGAUAAACCAAGCUGGGAUGUGAUAUUUAAAAAUAUCUUACCCUCUAUUUCGAGAUACAAUGAUGACUGUUUUAUAAAAAUUAUAACUUUGGCGGCAAUUAAAAUUAUUGAAAACAUGUUUUCAUGGUCGCAAGGUUUGUAAGUCAAUAGACAAAGCAGUGCACCCAAAACGUCAAUGUAUUUUUCAGAAACAAUUUCCCAGUUCACACCAACUGGCGAGACAUGCAUGUGAGUAUGGUUCAGAUACCGAGUUAUGGUAAUUUUGCCGACGUUUGGGUGUGUUUACUACCAACAGACCUCGGGCUUGAUCCCGCCUGUUGCGUGUGUUCACUACCAACAAACCUCGGGUUUGAUCCCGACCGUUGGAUGUGUUCACUACCAACAGACCUCAGGCUUGAUCUCGACUGUUGCUUUUUUUUUUACAUUCAUGUAGAAGUUUAAAUGUCGUUGAAGAUAAAUGUGAUUCGAUUCCGUAUAAAGUGCCACAAGUUAUAAAUGUUGCAUUGUUCCAUUCCAAGUAUCUUGUAACCUUUUCCACAAAAUAUUAGAACCCCCGUUUAAUGUCGUGAUGUACCAAUUGCAAUGCUUAUAUAAACAGGUCCCGCGAGUUACUAUAUGCUUCACACCUAUUUGACUAUUACAAGGCUUACGUAUAUAGAACCGUACCAUUAACAUUGUUCAUGCAGUAAUUUGGGUCGGCGCUCAGGUUGUCCCUAUCGUUAGUAUCGUUUGAGAACGCCCCCAGAAUCCUUUCAAAUGAAGUAACCCACAGACCUGGAACUGGUAGUCUCGGACACCCAGGACCUUCUAGUCUCCAUUUGUUUGAGUGGUAGUAAUUUGGGUUAGCGUUCCGGUAGUCCCUCAUCCUCGGUAUCCCCAGUGGUCUCAUUGCGUUCUACUCCACUUUACCCUGGGUAUUUAUGUAUUCAAAUUAUCUGCUCUUGGUGGAGCUUAAUUGUACCAUCCAAUCAAAAAAACAGUUUACAAACCUCAUUGUUUACGUUCACAAUAAUAUGGCGCCUUGUUCGCUCGAGGAGAAAGUUUGCAAGAAACUCGAUACAAAAGAUGUGACAUGCACACAAAAAGAUGUCCUAAAAGAUGUUUUUAUGUCCGUUUUGAUGUAUUUAACAUUUUUUGAUUGGUCGAUAAAAAUAGCACAAUCAUCAAGAGCGGAUAAUAUGAAAAUGUCUCUACCCCAGGGGUUUGUGGAGUUGACGAUCUUUCCCCAAUACUUCUAUUACGCUUGCGUUCUCACAUUUUUAAUAAACAAGCCACAAUGUAAAUUGUAGUAAAAUGUUUAAUAUGUGUACAUAUAUCAUCAAAUGCAUAUUAUUAUUUAUAUAAAACUUUCUCUCCUGUCUA